AUGCUACAGAGCACCAAACGCGACCAGAUUCUGGCUCAGCAAGCUGCUGUAGAGGAGGAGCGAAAACGCUGGAAGGUGACCGUCCAAGCACUUCAGACAGAGCUUGAUCAAGAAAGAAAUGACAAAGAAGCUCAGAAAAACUGGCAGUGCCGGUUUAUUCCGCCGGUCGAAGUUCCUGAAGAUGUCUUCGCUACCUGCUCUUCUUCAAAGCCAGCACCUACUAUUGACCCAAAAGAGGACGUAUUCUCUCGUUUCUCUCAGAGUCUCGCGCUUCUCCCUGCCUCACAGGCACCACAGGUGGCUGAAGCUGGAGCGCUUCCAUUUCUAGUCCACUUACUACAGCAGAAAAUGGGAGACGUUGUCACUGGAUCUGUACUCAUAGCUCUUGUGCAUCUAGCAAUUUAUCGGACUAAAUCGCGCUCUCAUCAGCUACCUGCGUCAUCAAAUAAUGGGCUGGACAUUCGGGAACAGAUCGUCAAGGCUGGAGUUUGCACACCGCUGGUUGAUAUCCUCGAAGCCUCCCAAAACGCUCGAGUUCUCGUUGAAGCUUCUCGUUUGUGUGCAGCUUUAGCAAGUUACGUCCCCAACAAGCGUGUGUUGGCCUCGAAAAACGUUGUGCGUGUGCUUGUCCAGCAUCUGAUGCCGCAUAUUCCACCACGAAACCGAGAAAAGCGUGGUGAUGAUGACGAGGAGGAUAUCUCCCGGAGUCCACAGCUUGCUCGGGCAGGAGCAGUUGGUCUUGCUAAUUUGGCUUACACUUCGGUGAACCAACUCACUAUCGGCUACAGCAACGCAUCAACGCUGCUCCUGCAAUUACUGGUAGAUGCAGUGAGUCAGCCUCUAGUCAUCGAGGCUGCAUCCACUGCACUCGCUUGUCUCUGUCACCAAAACCAGCCGAACAAAGCCCGUGUAGCCGCACAGAAUGGACUCCAAGUGCUGCUCUAUGCACUUGGUGCCAUCCCCGACACGAAACACGACGAUGACGAGCGUGGUGUUGACCCAAUCGACAGCAAGUAA